AUGAACAGCGCUAUCCUUCCCGUCGCGGGUCCACUCCACGCGCACGCGUCUAUCAACCGCAAGCUCUCGGACGAGAACCUCAGCGAGAUCUUCAUGACGCUUUCCCUGCUCGACAUACCGUCCCGGAUGCGCCCGCAAGGGUGGUACCUCCAAGUGAACGGCGUAUGUCGCCGCUGGCGCUACGUCGCCUUGAACUACGCUAGGCUAUGGGCCACGAACGCCGGGUCGUUCAUCUCCGAUGACUUGACGAACCUCAUGAUCGAGCGCGCGCGCGGCUCUGCUCUGUGUUUCGACGGACAUCUCGAAGACCGUGCAGGUCCCGGCUACGUGCUAAGCAAGUAUCAGCUCUCGCUUCUCGAACAGUAUCGCGAGCGUCUUCGUUCAUUUGUGUACGAUGGCUAUCUUCAUUGGCCGGAGCUACUGUAUCGCCUACGAUCCUUUCCGAAGCUCGAGAUGGCUAGAAUAUGGGACGGUUCGGGGCCCGAUAUGUGGCCCAUGAACGAGCUGAUUGACACGCCGUACCUACACGGGUUAUACAUGAACAACGUUCUCAUCCCGUUCAAUGCGCCUUCCCUUCGUUACUUGCGGGUUGACAUGGACCACAUCAAUUGGCGAUCUAGUGAGAACAUGUUCGAUUCUUACGAGCCCGAGGCUGAUAGCUGCGAGGCUAUCCCCAGAGUGUUUCCCACACACGAGCUCAUCGUGUUCCUCCAACGUUCACAACUCCUUGAACGCCUCAUCAUCACAGACAUGCCCUUGCUACUUGACGAGCACCUACCACUAGUGUCGCAAUUGCACGUCGAGCUUCCGAAGUUGCGAGCUCUUCAUCUUGGCGGAAAGUCAUAUGCGAUGGGCGAUCUCAUGCAACGGCUGAGGAUACCGCAGGAUACUCAAGUAUUCAUUGACACCGAGACUCUAGAUGCCGACUCAGAGACCGACAGCUUUCGGCAUGAAUGGACAGAACCAGUGCUAUUGAAUGUUCUACGUGAUUGGGUUUACUCUCCAGCAUACGAUAGCCUGAGGCUAGGUCUCACGUCUUCGUAUGAUCUUCUUCUUCAACUAUGGUCGUCACGAUCAACAUCGAUAGAUCGUCCGGGCGGUCUCGACUUAUCCACGUCCCUUGGACAAUCUUCUUCACCGUCGGGUCCUGCCUUCACACUCAGACUUCCCAGCAUAACUUGCGACAUCCACAAUCGAGAUAUCAACGACCGGCCAAUACCGCCAUCUCGCGUGCGCGCAUGGGACGACGACGAUUUCGACGUUCGUGACUUCGAGAACAAGAUCGCGGAGAUCUUCUAUCGUCGCGUGAACCACGUUCUGCAUGCAGGCUUUUCGACCCUGAGAUAUGUCGACUACACCGACGCGCCAUGGCAAGAGUUCAAAGAAGCCGGCAACAUGACCAUGAUCUCGCCGCGUCCAACCAUUCGACCAAUGCACGAGAUCAUACGAAGGUUCUCGGCAUCGCAUGUCACAGCAUGCUGGUCGAUCCUUCGGCGUGUUGUAUACUGGGGUAUAAUGCAAGACUACCACCUCCCGCGGCACGUCGAGGAUCUCACAAUCGUGAACUUCCCAUGUGCUGAAUUCCCGAGUCAAGAGCGUUACAACCAGUUGAUUAAUGUCAGAGCCUGGACCGAUCUAAAGUUAUAUCUCCAGUUCCGAAGGAAUAAUGGAUGGCCGCCGCUUGCACUCAGACUGGCCGAAUCCGCCUCGGAUAUGUCGAAUAUGGCCCGGUCGGAUGGACCAGAGUAUCAUAGGAUCGCGGGAACAUAUGAGGACGCGGUCAGAGAAGUGACGCAGAAGGGCUACGAACAGGUGGCACCAUACGUGAAGGGCUUCGAGGAUUUGCGCAUCCAUAGGUGGCCGUAG